AUGACUUUCUAUCACACCCCCGUAUUGCUCCAAGAAUGCUUGGAGGCAAUGCAAGUAAAAGCUGAUGGCACUUAUAUUGAUGUAACCUUCGGAGGAGGAGGACACUCUAAGGCAAUCCUAGAAAAACUCGGAAAAGAAGGACAUUUAUAUAGUGUAGAUCAAGACCCUGAUGCUCGUCGGAACAUUCCUGAAGGGGCAGAAAGUUUUACUUUUAUUGCCUCAAACUUUCGCCAUAUUGAUCGCUUUAUGGAUUACUAUGCUAAGCUUGGCAAGGUUGAUGCCGUCUUAGCAGAUCUUGGCGUAUCGUCUCAUCACUUUGAUGAACCUGAGCGAGGCUUUAGCUUCCGUAGUGAGACUCCCCUACUGGAUAUGCGAAUGAACACCUCUAGUAAGCUGUCUGCUCAAACCGUUAUCAAUGAAUAUGAGGAGGAGGAUUUGGCAAAUAUCAUCUACAAAUAUGGCGAACUAAGACAAAGUCGUCAGAUAGCUCGUCGAAUAGUUCAAGCUCGAAAUGAAAAGCCUAUCAAAACGAUUGGAGACCUAUUAGAAGUAGUUCGUCCUUGCCUUCGUCCGAAAGAUGAGAAAAAGCAAAUGAGUAUGCUCUUCCAAGCAAUUCGCAUUGAAGUUAAUGAUGAACUUGGGGCUUUGGAAGAAAUGCUCAAAGCUUGUCUUAGUGUUCUAAAAAAAGGGGGGCGUUUAGUCGUUAUUACUUACCAUUCUCUAGAAGAUAGAAUAGUUAAGAACUUCCUCAAGUCUGCAAGCAAAAGCAAUGACUUAGAGCAGCAAAUCUAUGGAGGAGGACGUACGCAAUGGAAGCUUAUCACUCGCAAACCGAUAACACCGUCAGCACAAGAGCUGGAAGAAAAUCCUCGCUCUCGCUCGGCAAAGCUAAGAGUUGCUGAAUUGAACUAA